CACUCGGUCCUCAACGCCACCACUGUCUUUGUUCAGAAUAGCCACUAUUCUACAGCCUUGUCACUAUCAGAUUCACUUACGGUUCUGGCUGAUUGCCUGGAUUCUGAUAUUUCCAAGCACACCUUGAGGAUUUCCCUAGUCCUCUCCCCCAUCCGCCAGCCGACCCUUCACCAUACAUCAUCACCUCCGCAGCCACCGCCGCACCUUUAUUCUCCCCGCAUUACCCUCCUCAUACAAGGCUACAGCAAUCGUGACAUACCCUCAACAUGGCCGACGUCGAAAUGGCUGACGCAAACGCUGCAACCGAAGAGGCCAAGUCAAAGGCCCCUGCCAAAGCCUCCAAGUCUAGCACAACAGAAGGUGGUGAUACCAAGAAGAGAUUUGAAGUCAAGAAGUGGAACGCCGUCGCUCUGUGGGCUUGGGAUAUCGUUGUUGACAACUGCGCCAUUUGUCGGAAUCACAUCAUGGAUCUCUGCAUCGAAUGUCAAGCAAAUCAAGGUGCUGCUACCACAGAGGAAUGUACCGUCGCUUGGGGAAUCUGCAACCACGCCUUCCACUUCCACUGCAUCUCGCGAUGGCUGAAGACAAGACAAGUGUGCCCGUUGGACAAUAGAGAUUGGGAGUUCCAGAAAUAUGGUCGUUAGGGUUGGGGGCAAGAGCACAGGAAGACAUUCUGUCCAGCCAUAACCUACGAUGCUCAACAUACGAUGAUACGACCAAUACUUCGAGCAUGUACCGUGCCUGAAUCAUACCCAGGGCCGAGGCCGUGCGUUGAUGCAGGACUCACAUGAAGUAGGCGGAGUCCUCUGACCUGAGACCUCUACUCUGUGGCUCUCGUAUUCGGAAGGCUUCUAGCCAUCUUACAUGUUUCAUGAAUCAGAAAAUGACAGAGAGAUGCAACUUGAAAAGAAGUGAAGGAGCAUGGCAACAGAUAGUGCAUCAUCAAGCCGCGCGAUGAAGUAUCAAGUUCUCUGUUAGAAUUGGCAUGGCAAAUGACAAACAGACACUCUGAUUGUAAACCCG